AUGCCCUAUAUCAAGAGCGAGCCCGAUGACUUCGGCAACAAUCCGAGCCGGUUCAUGUCAUCGGGCAACUAUGGCAACUCUCAGGGCUACAGCAACCAGUUCAACAACCAACACGAUAACGGAAGCAUCGACCCCUCGGAGCUCUCCAUGCCCAACACCAACUACGGCAGCAUGCCAUACAAUUAUGGUGGGAACACCAUGGGGUCCAGUUACGGGGUCGGCCCGGCAGGAUCGCUCUUCACCAAUGAUGAGUUAAUAGAGUCUCUCGACUAUGGAAACACUAACGGCCAAGGCAUGUUUGAUGAUUUCACCAUGGGAAAUCCACCCAACAGCAAUAACAGAACUUCAGGUGCGGUCCCAAUGGAACAGCCGAACCAGAUUCCCAAUGUCUAUUCAAGUACUCCGGACGGCCCACCCAUCCAGAGCCCAUUCCUGGGGACCUUUGACUACAAUCAAUUUAGGCCCAUGGGCUCCCUUCCGACUCACAUGUCGCCUCACCAGGGCUCUCAAUUCGGAAAGCGUCCUAGCAUGCAGGCGGCAAACCGGAAAUCGUCCGAUCAGCGAACCCCUUUGACGCCACGCACAGCGGCAAUGGCGGGACUUCAGAUCGGUACCCCAGACUCGGGAAAUCUUGCUAAUGGUCGCCCUAUCCGCGCUCCAAAUGUCCAGAACCGACAUGCUAAGACCUUGUCGGGACAAUACGACAGCACUCCCGGCAGCUUCCAUUCAUAUCUAGAUUCGCCACUGUCGUCUCCCGGCAAUGGGAUCCAUCAUGCUGGCAUUUCCGAGACUCUUGGACCCGGUCAUCAUGCCUCUCUGCCGACCAAGGUUGAUACCGGGCUUAGUACCAGCAAUGCAGAGACGGCCGAGGCCAAAAAGCGAAGGAGGCGCGCGUCACACAAUGCCGUUGAACGGAGACGGCGGGACAAUAUCAACGAACGCAUCCAUGACUUGUCCCACUUAGUGCCCCAACAUCGCUUGGAGGAUGACAAGAUCAAGAAACAGCUACAGAGUACCGGACCUCUAUCGCCCACCACUGGCGCUGCGAGCAUGAGCCCGCCAAAUGCCAACAACGCAGCCACGUCGUUACUUGCAGGCGCCGCCGGUCGUCGCGCUGCCAGCACCGCGGGGAAUAUCACGAUUGGAUUACCGAUCGAGGAGAAGGAGAAAGGUCCUAACAAGGGCGAUAUCCUUAACGGAGCCGUGGCGUGGACUCGAGAUCUCAUGUGGGCACUACAUCAAAAGUACCAACAGGAAGACGAAUUGGUCCAGUAUAUCCAGUCGAUAGGUGGUCAAUGGCCUUUCCAAGUGACAGACGACGACAAGCGCAUGCGCUCUGAGGUCAUGGACGCCAUGGAGAAAAAUGAUUCCAGCACAUUCUCCUACUCGAGGACAGAUGGUACAGGAUUACGGGUUCCUCGGCAUACAAACGUCGCCGGCGACCGGAUCCAGGGCAACCCCAGCCUCAGUCCCCAAAGCAAUUUCGAACUCAGCCCUGGCUUCCACAGUGGCGGCAGUGGCACCAACAGUGGCAGUAACGGGGCGGGCCAAACACAAUACUGGCACAGCGCCGGUCACACUGGCAUCAGCUUCAAGGAAGAAGAUGAGUUCAUGGACAUGAAUUGA